CGAGAAAAGACAGAAUUUUUUGGAUAACACUCUCAUGCCCGUCCGUUCAAACCUCCUCUCUGUCGCCACCACCGCCCCAUCGCCACAACCUCCUCAAACUUUUCAAUUUGUGCCCGUCUUCUCCCACCCUCCGCAAUCACUUCAAACUUCAAACUGUGGUCGUCACCCCUUCGUCGAUAAGCUUCUCUUCCUUAUCUCUUUCUCUCUCUCUAUGAAGUUCUUCUCUCUAAUUCGUUUGGGAUUAUUUUGUGAGUUUAAGUUCUUCCCAAUUUCUCUUUUCUAAUUGUUGAUUUUCUGUUAUAUGGUCUCUAACUCGUUCAUGCAACUCCAUGGGAUUGUUUUGUGAGUUUGAGUUAUUCCCGAUUUCUCUUUUCUAAUUGUUGAUUUUUUGUUAUAUGGUCUCUAAUUCGUUCCUGCAACUCCAUGGGAUUGUUUUGUGAGUUUGAGUUCUUCAUGAAGUUGCUGUUAUUAGAUGUCUCUGACUUCUCUUUAAAGAUGCAGAGCAAAUAUGGUUGUCCCAAGAAAGAAUCUUCAUUCAGGAGGUCGAUCUCUGAGGUGACAUUGGAGCGAAUGUCUAGCGUUUGGGGUUCCUUUUCCAUUCUUCCUACAAGUGGAAAUACUGGGGUUUAUCCCAUGGAUUGAGUAUAUUCCAGGAAGACAAUAGUGAAGGAAAAGACACUCUAAAGCUUGAGACAAAUGCAGAAUCAUCGAAGGAAGCCCAAAGGGACGAAGCUGUUGGGGCAAAGACUGAAAAUAAAUCUAAAAUCCAGCUACAGAGGCAGAGAAAUCUGUUCCCAUAGUGAAAAAAUAUGUUGAAAAUGUGCCUCCACAAAAAGCACCUUUUGACAAGAAAUUCCUCCCGACAAUGAAUUUGAAACGCGUAUCAGACUUGAAGUUAUCCCUGCAAAUGAAAUUGGGGUCACAUUUGCAGACAUUGGUGCUAUGGAUGAAAUCAAAGAGUCCUUACAAGAAUUAGUCAUGCUUCCUCUUCGACAGACCUCUUUAAGAGCGGACUUCUUAAACCUUGUAGAGGCAUCCUACUUUUCGGUCCUCCUGGAACGGAUAAAACAAUGUUGGCAAAGGCCAUUGCUAACGAAGUCGGAGCAAGUUUCAUUAAUGUUUCAAUGUCUACAAUCACUUCUAAAUGGUUUGGAGAAGAUGAAAAGAAUGUUCGUGCAUUGUUUAUGCUCGCAGCAAAAGUCUCACCUACAAUUAUUUUUGUCGACGAAGUCGAUAGCAUACUCGGCCAAAGGACUAGAGUGGGAGAGCACGAGGCCAUGCGAAAGAUUAAAAAUGAAUUCAUGUCACAUUGGGAUGGACUCCUAACUAGGAAUGAUGAGCGAAUACUAGUUCUUGCUGCGACCAACAGGCCAUUUGACCUUGAUGAAGCAAUCAUUCGGCGAUUUGAACGUCGAAUUAUGGUUGGUCUUCCAUUAGUGGAGAGCAGGGAAUUGAUAUUAAGAACUCUUCUAUCAAAGGAGAAGGCUGAAGAUCUUGAUUUCAAAGAGCUUGCAACUAUGACAGAAGGAUACAGUGGAAGUGAUCUCAAGAACUUAUGUGUGACUGCAGCUUAUCGCCCUGUUCGGGAGCUCUUGUAACAAGAAAGAUUGAAAGAUUUGGUAACUUCAUUAAAGCUUUUCCUCUGUCUCAUCAUUACUUGUAUAUAACAUGAAAUGUUAUGUAAUCAAAAUUCUCCAAAUAAAUUUCUGUUAGAUGAAGUUAGAUCUGAAUGGACGGAGUUCGUAUCAUGUAAUUUUUUUCUUUCUUUAUAUGUUUUGUUCAUAUUCUUGGUAUAAUGUAUUUGGAUUUUUUUUGUAUAUUUGGUACAUUGUGUUAUGAUAUAUCGACCGAAGACAUAUGUUAUGUGUGUGCCA